AUGGAGUUCGAAGAUUCAAACGUCUCAUCCGCUGGGUUCCACGACGACAGCAGCAAUAGCAGUACUGGCGGUGACAGGGGUGCGGGACCGACCAGAAAUCACGGUAUCUCCCCUACAGCAUUCGCAGACAAACCGGGCGACGCCUUGGAUGAAAUUACUCUUUCUGCCGCAGAGUCCGAGGGUUGGGUGCAGCCGAGCAGCAUCAGUUGCCUGGCCAGUCAAACAGGAGCACCUGGGCCCGCCAAUGCCCAAGCAAGCGGAGAGUUCGUGAGCCUCUCUUCCCAAAGUAAUUCCAGCAGCAAAGUCAUUCCGUUGCAGCAGGGACAGGGCACUGGGCCUACUAUGGACUCUUCUGCUGCAUCAGAAGAUGUGACAGACGAUGUCGCGUCCUCCUUCACCAUCAUUAAUGCUCUAAAAAGGGAGGUAUUUGCGACUUCUGCACUUUUACGAGCCGUGCGCAUGCAUGCCCUCUCACAGACGCGUGGGCUUUCAGCAGCGUCCCAGCAGCAGCUUGCUGCAGCUGUUGCCCCUCUGGUGAAGUCGUUUGAGCUGUUGAAUGAAAGGCUAGCUGCAGCAGAGGCAGCAAAAGAACCGCCCCCAGCAGAAUUGCAGGAGCAGCACAUCCACCCUUUUCUUUUCGUGCUUGCACAACAGCAGCUGCAACACAAACAGCAGCAAGGUCUCAACAAACAGCAACAACUGCUGCAUCAAAGCUGCAUGAGGGCUCUUGCCUCUGCAGUCCUGCGAUUCCUGUCUCUGAGGAACUGUGCCUUGCAGGCGACCCAGCGGCUGCAUUCGGCACCAACGCAGCCUUCUGCAGCCAAUGCGACCGCCGCUGCUGCUGCAGUUCUGGGAUCCGAGGCCUACGGCGGCACUUACUUUGCUCCUGCAUCGCCUGCUGCUGAAGAGGAGUUGCUGCUGCUCCAAUGCCUAGACCUUCUCAGUAGUUCGCUCCUUGGCCCUGCGGGACAUGUCUUCUCCGACGCUUGCGUCGCUAGCACAAUUCAGUGUUGCGUGGCCGUCAGCCUCUUACACCGCGCCAGCCCUCUGCUGAGAAACGCAGCUGCCUCCCGCGCUGUCGCCAUUACUCGGCAUCUCUUCGCUUCAGAGAGCCUUAUUUCCCUCUCGCGCCGGCAGGGACAGCUGCACGAUAUAGAUGGGUCGCAACAGCAGAGAGCAGCCACAGACGACCAACACCAGGAGAAGCAGGAGGAGCACCACCAGCAGCAACAACAGCAGCAACAUGCAUCGUCUCCACCGCGUUUCAUUGCUCGUCUGGAAUCUGCAAUGUCUCUGAGGUCCACAGACACCUUAUAUUCACCUACACGGCAUUCCUCGCUGAAGGGCUAUGGGCUAGAAUGUCGUCUGCGAAUUCUAGCUCUCGUUGCUAGGCUUCUGUCUCAUGAAGAGCAUCGAGGAACCCCCCACAGCUCAGGCAGUAGCAGCAAUAGCAACAGCAACAGCAUCGGCUACACUGGCGUUGGUUCUGUAGGGAACAGGGCUGAUACUACUCUCCCCCCCUUCGUUUCAGUGGCCGACGCACACACUGCCCCAGAGGGGUCUGGUGACACGAAAGUGGAUGCAUCCGGGAGACAAAAUCGACCUGAAGAAUCUAUGCAUGCCUCAGAUACAUCGGCACCACCAGCAGCGGCAACUCCUGCCGCUGCUGGCAGUCAGCACAUCCAAGGCUUAUCCGUGGGGGAAAGGGGUUCGCGGCUGGGGCCCUUUAGUGGUAUUGACCGGGAGUUUGAGGGCCUUCUGGGGCACCACGGAAAAGACAAGGCAGCAAAUAUGGAGGCUAGACUGCUGUGUUUGCGCUUGCUCUGCGUUGCGCUUGAAGCUGGGAGGGACACCUUCUCGCUAUUCCCGAAAUUGUUGCAGCCACUGCAGACGCAGAUAUUGCCGCUUGUUCUCCAGCAGGACACCCGUUCAGCGCCUCUAAUGCUGCUCUCUCUGACACUGAGGGUUGUGGGUGACUUCAUUGCCUUCCUUCGCCCGUACAUCAAGGACGAGAUAGAGAGAUGUCUCUAUCAGCUCCUCAGGUUGUCAACCACCAAUCACGGGGGCCCUUCUAAGACGUUAGCAGCGGAGGCGCAAGAGGUAGCGCUCGACAUGUUACGUGAGCUGUGUAGCGACGCGUCGUUUGGGUUCGAGCUGAUGCUGAACUACGACAGCGACAUUCGCCGCUCGAACGUAUUUGGGGUUUUGGUCACACUGCUUUUGCAGCUAGCAGCUCCCCGCGUUCCUUCUCUGAGAGGCGCCUAUCGCUUUGCAGAAUGCGACAUCGAAGGAGGCCAGGGGCACCCAUGGCUUUCGGGGACUUCUCUGUCACAUGCAGCUGUGGGGGUGGCGGCCACUGCUUCCGAAGCAUCUACAGCUAAGACUCCGACGCAGCAGCAGUCACCUUCAGGGUCUUCACCUUCUUCAGUUAGCACAACGGCGGCUGCAGAAAGCAGCAAGUCUCAUCACCAUGGUGCCUUUCACUUGAGGAGGGCCCCCCCGAGAUCCCCCCUGAAGGCCUCCCGAUCGUCCGCAGACGCCAACGCAGCGGUAGCAAUGGAGAACUGGGCCACAGAUGCUGCGGGAGUCACGCGCCCCGCAGGACUGUCGAAUGUUAACCGCUUGGCUCUGGCGGCCGUCCUCCGUCUUAUUUCUUCUUUAGCUUCUCUCUGCGACAGUAUGAAACACACCAGCACCGUCGAACAGCAGCAGCGGCAGGAGGCGAAGGAGCUUCAUAUUGACAAGCCCCAAUUCGACCGCGAGUCUGCAGCUGCUUACUUUUUGCGUGUCCAAGAAAUGCAACCCAUUUCCCAGAGACGGAAGCACAAGGCUCUCCUGUCAUAUGGCGCUACUGUCUUCAAUUCAAACACGAAGGAGGCAAUUUCUCAACUUGAGGGCCUAGGGCUUCUGCCGACGCCAGCAACGCCCAGAAGCACUGCUCUUUUCCUGAAGGAGACCGGAGGCCUUGAUCUGCGCGCCGUUGGGCUCUACCUCAGUGCGAAUAAGCCAUGGAAUGCUCAAGUCCUGCGAGAAUUCGUUUCGCUGUUCAAGUUUACUGGCGUUGGUCUUGUCGCUGCGUUGAGAAACUUCCUGAAAACGUUCCGGUUGCCGGGGGAGUCGCAGCAGAUCGAGCGCGUGAUGGAGGCCUUUGCUGAUGAGUUCUUCCGCCAGCAGCCGCUGGUUAGCUGCCCACACAACAGGGAAAAACUGGCAGCGGCGAAUGCAGGCAGCGGAACAGCAACAACGACAGCAACUGCAGCCACAACAACCGCGACGGAGUCCCCGGCCUCAGCCGAAGCCAAACCAACUACUCGGCCAGCAGCCGCAGCGGAGCCACUGGAGCUGUCUUUGUGGCGAUGGGUGGCAGAUGAGGGAUUUUACUGCUCUUCGCGCGUUGCAGCUGCCAGAGAAGGUUCGGUAGAUAAGGAGCAGCAAAUAAGCAGUGAUGAGCUUGCCCAGCAGCUCUCAGAGUUCACCCCUGUAAGCCGACGCCCGUUAUCAAUACCCAUUACCAAUGCAGUGUCUACAUACACUGCAUUGUCUAACGGUGAAGGGAUAACGACGGGUCUGACCCCAAAGCUCGUCCUUGAACUGUUGUUUGACCUUGCAGUGCCGGUGCCGGCUUGGCUUACUGUGUUUGCUUUCACUUUAGCGAAAGUGCUUAUCUAUCUCGCUCAGCCGGCUCCUGGUUACGUGCUCAUGAUGCACAAAGACACGGUGUUUGUCCUGUCGUAUUCCAUUAUCAUGCUGAACACAGACCAACAUAACUCGCAAGUCCGCAGUAAGAUGCGAGUGGAGGACUUUGUGAAGAACAAUCGGGGCAUCAACAACGGAUCCGACUUGCCCGCAUUCUUCCUCCAGAACAUAUACGUCUCCAUCAGACACCAAGAGAUCAAGCUGAAAGAGGCCCCGUUAACGAGCUCCCCUCCACCGGCUGCGCAAGGGCAAAAGGCAGAUGCGGCAUCCAUAGAACAGCAGCAGCAGCCGGUACCCGAUAUUUUUGACGUACUUGCAGACGGAUGGACCCCCCCGGAGGGUGCUGGACUGGGUUGGGGGGCAUUUGCCUCUCCUUACAACGGCCCCAAAAACGCAGUGGCGUCUGAGGGGCCAGGGGGCUACCGCGUAGUUCUGAAGCCCCGUGCUUCUCGAGUGGCGGAAAGCAGCGGCAUAAGGAAUUCUGCUGCGUGCGCAAUCACCGCAGACGACCGUGAUGUGGAGGGACUGGAGAUGGAGAUGUUUCGUAUCCUGUGGAACGGGGGCAGCCUUGCCGUGCUCAGGGGGGCAUUCGAAGCAUCGCUUGAUCUGCGGCACUUGGAAGAAAUAUUAUGCGGUGUUCUAUCUCUGGCUCGCGCUGCUACUGUCCUAGGUCAGGUUGUUGCCUUGAACACGAUUGUAGCGGAGUUGUGCAGCUACUUCGUGUAUUCUGUCCCUGCACACUCUCAGCUGGUACUGGCGCCUAUUAUGUACCUCAUUCGCCAGUCUGGAGCCUCUCUCAGAGAGGAAGGAUGGGGAGCGAUUCUGGAACUGUUGCUUCGGCUGCAUGCACUCGACUUGCUGCCGCCAGCCCUCAUGGGCCUCGACGACUUUGAAGGAUCAGGAGGUGCAGCUCUUCCUUCUCUUUGUACUUUGGCGCCCCCACCGUUCGCUCCGCCAGCCUCGCGAAGAGACAGAGGAGCGGGAAAGAAGGGUGGUGGCUGGCUGGGGGAUCUCACUUCCAUUUUAUUCGCCCUUGGAGACUCUGACGACGAAAGCGAUGGAGACGACAGCAGUGGAGCCCAAGGUCACAUGUUGUCAGAGGAACUGAAUUUCGCCUGCGAUGGUUUGUACGUGUUGAGAGCGUCUACGGACUUCACACUGCUUCCAUCCACCGUGGCAGUGGCAGCGGCCGGCUGUUCUGAAGUGGAGACGGAGCGGGACGCUUCCGAGGCUCUUCACGUGCAGCGUGUUCCCCCAACCCAGAAGGGCCCGGCGGGUCCCAGCGGCGUCGUGGGGCCCGAACGCAAGCUGCCAAAGGGACCAAAUGAACCGCAGCAGCCGGUGCAGCAGCACGAAGUUCCAGGUUCCGGUUCUCCUUCUGCUUCCCCAGAGGAUGAGGAAGCUGCAGCUGCAAGAGCCCCCUACUUACGGUUGAAAACGGUGUUGUCUCACGGCAUCCACAUCGACUUGGCAGUGGCCGAGAUUUUCCGUCAGGUCGAACCCGUCUCGUCUCUGUCAACUGCAGUUAUCCUCCUCGUGCACAUUGUGCUGGGGUUUCCACCCAUCCGCCAGAAUCCCGGCGCGUCUCCAGAUUGUCCAUUACAGGCCCAGCCAUUUCAGCAGCAGCAGCAGCCCUCCUCAGAUGCUGCAGCCUUGCAGAGUCGCAGCGCUGGUGAGCCAGUUACACGGGGAGUUGGAGGCAGCAGCAACACAUCAGCAAGCGUGGCAUCGGGGCAGUCAUCCUCCGGGGCACAUCAUCAAGGACCCCCUCCGCUGCAGCCGCCUGAGGACCUGGGUUUGCCAUCGCUUCCGGGAACUGAACUUUCCAUGCUAUCUAGCUACCUAGUUGAUGCGCAGAGACGGGGCCUUGAAGAUGACGGCUCCAGACGCAGCAACAGCGUCAGCAGCAGCGUCAGCAGCUCGGCUGUCUCUACUCCGGUGGGGGCAAAUGCGCCAUCCACGCAGUGUCCUGGAAUUUCUUCCUACACCUUGCCCCCCCCUGUAUGGUCUCCGUUGCGUGCCGGCACAUCCCCUCAGUUGAUGACUUACAGGGCAUACACCGAUCGACUCUUUUGUUUGGAGUUGCUUGGGGCUCUGAUGCUGAGCGAGCUAACGCCUGGGAGCCUAUCUCUUCGCCCUUCAAAAGCCUACGGGACGGCUCUUUUGCAAAACUGCCCGUGGUUGCUGUGCGCGGUGUAUCUCGACACCUUCUUGAGGCGCUACUCGAUAGGAACUGCUGCUGGUGGCGUGCCUAAUCCUCUCGAGGUUGUAGGCCUGGCAGGGCCAACACAACUGAGGCAGCAGCAGCAGCAACGGGAGGAGGCAGUAGAAGGGACAAGCGCCAACAGACCUCCCUGGGCAGUAGCUAUCCUGGAUGCAUGCAGUAAAGACCCUCUUGCGCAGGCUACCGUGAAGAACGUCUGCAAUGUUUUUCAGUCAGUAGGGUCUCGCCGGCUGGUCGAUACGCCCACAAGUGGGUCGCUUUCUGUCACCACUGCGUUUGAUUCCCACUGGGCGAUUUGUUACUUCUAUGGGUUCAUGUGCUUUUGCCUGUUGGAUUUGUGGGUGUUGCAUGCAGCUCUACCUCACUGGGAACUCCUGUUCAUUGAGCGACUUGUCGUGACUGUACUGAGGAUCUGUCUUCGUCUACUUUCCGACGAAGAUUCUUUGCUGCUUCCCGUGUACACAAAGGCAGGGACACCCGAACUGGGUACCCCGAAUACGUCUGGCUGUACUCCCGCCUGCCAGGUGGCAAUACAUUUGCUUCAGCUUUUAACCCUUCUUCACCCCAACAUCUUCUGCAUGCAUGUACAGCGUAUCUGCCAAUCAGCCACUGUAAGUUUUCCAUUUGAUGGCAUGAUAUCUAGCUCCGCUGCAGCGCUUGACCACGACAGUGGACGCAUCGUCAUCCUUGUCUCCAGGCUCAAUCUGAGAGCUUGCAGCAGCCCGCUUCUAAUCCAGGUCCUCCUGGCUCUGUAUCAGCGGCUUGUCCCUCUGCCUGCCUUCUUACCGACUGCUCCGUUGCCGCAGCAUUUGACACAGCAGCAACCGCAGCAGCAGCUUGCCUUGAGGAUCGUUGCUUCGCUGUCCGAAUGGAUAAGAGAUCCUGAGGCUUUAGCCUUACUUGUCCUGCAGCAUCGCAACCACUACCAGAUGCUGCUACAGACCCUGAUGGCUGUUUGCAUUUACGUGCCGCCGUCCCCGUCAGUUCAGACACUCUGCCCUACCUCUGGCGAGCGAAGGAUUGAAGGAGAGGCUCAGGACAGCCAGCAGCCGCUGCCGAGUGUGAACAGUGCCUCGUCGUACGAAGCCAACUGCACUUCGCUAGCUUUGUUGGCGUCCUUAAUUCCUUCAGUUGGAGGGGCGUUGAAGUCGAAGGGAGCGGCUGUUGCAGCGUGCUUGGCUGCCGCAGCAAAUAGCGUUGCUACUGCGAAUGGUGAAGAUUCUUCUAAAUGGAAGGCUCGUUUGGAUUGCCAGGCAAUGUGGCUCCAGACCAUGCAAGUAUUAGCUAUUGUCUGCAGCUUCUCUGCACGACCCGUGAAGGUCAAGGCUCUUGCGACCGGGAGUCCCUGUUUGGUCAUAGGCGGCGGUGGUGUGUGUUGCUGCUUCGAGCCCUUACAGGUACUGCAGCAGAUGUUGAUCCGCUGCAGCAAGAAAGAACCGAGCUCUGAAGAGAACAGCAGUGUCCUCGUGAACAACCGCACCGUAAAUGCCGAAGGGGCCUCGGACAUGCCAGACAGCAGUGCCUCGACUUCUGCUGCACCAGCGGCGUCCGCUGCAGCUACUGCCGCUGACUACUGGGAUACGGCGCCAGAAGAUGCAUAUACGUGGAGACUUUGCCUGCAGUUGGUUGUCUUCCCGCUCCUGAGCCUUCGCUUUGACUAUCCGUACACGCCGCUGCCUCCAGGCGACGCCCCCCCGCCUCCCCCUCAGCAGCACCAGCAACAGGCGAACGGCCACAGUGCAGGGGAUUCCAUCUAUGCAUUUACAGCAGGACAAGACCAAGAAAAGCAACCCCGCGAUCACCAUUUCGGCAUGCCUUGGAUGUCUCUACCGACGAGGCGGCGACUAACCCCGGAAGUUGCCAUAGGCAGUCUGGGCCUCGACGAAGUGUACCAGAGAAAGGCAGCCGCAGCGAGUUUGGCUUGUCGUCUCUUCUUGACAAAGAUGGAACUCCUUCUGCAACCAUUCAAAGUUAGAGGCAUUUAUGUAGACUUCGUGGCGCAGCCGCCUUUGUCGGAGGACUCGUCGAAACAACAGGGAUUUUCAGGAGACCACCCAGGGGGCAUAGAGGGCCUCCUCCCUCCCCUUACCCAGCUGGUGCAGCUACUGGUUACAGAGGCCAAGCAAGCCCCUGUUAUAUAUCGCGAUGCGUUCCUCGAAAGCCUGAAGAACACACUGCUGGUCGUCCUCACCUGCCCCUUCGUCGCAGCAAGCCCAAUACCGGCGGAUUUGAAGACACGGAUAUCUCCAACUUCCGUCCUACCAGUUAUCUUUUUCCCGAAACAGCAGCACCAGCAACAGCAGCAGCAACAACAGCAGCAGGAACAUCCGAACUCACCUAAAGGGGAGACUCAGAGGCCUCCCAGCGUGGAGGAGGCUGCGCAGGUGACAGCAAAGCAGGAAGCCUUGCUAGGAACGCUGUCGUGCUUAACGGACAGCCAGCGUCUGGUGGUGUCAGCAGUCUCUCCCUUCGUCGUCUCAACGUUUCCAACAGUGAUACAAGAGCUACUUCUGAUACUUCCAACCCCUCAGCCACCUCCGCCUCCUCCAAGGCAGGAACAAGUUGCCUGCAAGGAGCGUGAGGAAAAUGCUGCAGCGGAAGGGGCCGAAGUCCUUGCAGAUUGCAGCCCUGGGGGCUCACGACACGAAAGUGACAACGGGAAAGAUGAAGUAGUUGCAGCGGAAAGCCUUGAGGAAGUGAGCAGUUAUUCCAGUGCAGUUGUAUUGCCGCCUGCGGAUGGUAAUGCUUGUGCGUCGUAG